GGAGAGGCUUCCGCUGGACGGAAAAAGCGAGCGGGGGACGAGCAGAGGGCGCGAUCCGGGCUACUAGACGAGCGGCGCUCCGACCUGGGCGGCCCCGGCCGGCGCCUGGCCCCUGCGUCUGGCAGGCGGACGGCGGUUUACUUCUUUGAGAUGGACAUGAUAUAAUCUGCGCCCACAGAAUGGCAUCUAGUUCUGUGCUUCCUGCUGAAGACGGCAGACAGGUUUCCUUGGGCAUUGAUGAUCUCCAUAUUUCACUGCAAGCUAAACAGGAAGACACUCAGAAGAAAACCUUCACCUGCUGGAUAAACUCACAGCUGGCAAAGCAUUCUCCUCCCUCAGUUGUAUCAGACCUAUUCACAGACAUUAAAAAAGGUCAUGUCCUCCUGGACCUUCUGGAAGUGCUUUCAGGACAGCAGUUGCCUCGGGAUAAAGGAUCUAAUACAUUCCAGUGUAGAACCAACAUUGGAAAUGCCCUGACAUUCCUAAAAAACCGAUCGAUGAAGCUAAUAAAUAUUCAUGUUACUGAUAUAGUGGAUGGAAAUCCAUCUAUUAUUCUCGGACUGAUUUGGACAAUUAUACUGCACUUUCAUAUUGAGGAGCUUGCCCAGACUCUUUCUUGCCAUUACAAUCAACCUUCCCUGGAUGAUGUGAGCGUGGUUGAGGGAGGUUCAUUGCCUACCUCAAGUCCUCCAGCCAAGAAAUGCUCCAAAGCUCAAGAAAGAUGGCAGAUGUCCGCAAAGAAGGCUCUUCUUUCAUGGGCUCAGGAGCAAUGUGCCACGCACGAGUCUGUCAGUGUGACAGAUUUUAAGUCAAGCUGGAGAAAUGGGAUAGCUUUUUUGACAGUCAUUCAUGCCUUGCGACCAGACCUUAUUGACAUGAGGAGUGUGAAGCACAGGUCCAGCAAAGACAAUCUGGAAGAGGCCUUCAGAAUUGCAGAACAAGAAUUAAAAAUCCCUAAAAUGCUAGAACCUGAAGAUGUGGAUGUCGAUAAUCCUGAUGAAAAGUCGAUCAUGACCUACGUUGCACAGUUUCUACAGUAUUCCAGACACACAGCUGGGACUAGAGAUAAGCCUCAGUUACAGGGAAAGGUGAAAGAUGCCAUGCUCUGGUUGAGGCUGCAAGAGGAGAAACUACAGAAGGCGCUAAAGGAUUCGGAAAACGAGACAGACUUUACAAAGUAUUGUAACCUGCUGUCCUUUAUGGAGUCAUUCGAUGAAGAGAAGAAAUUCCUUUUGGAUAUUCUGUCAAAAGAAAGGAAUCUCGUUAACCUGGAUGAAGAUCAGUUACAGCUGAGAGAAGCCUGGGAUGGCCUCAAGUACCAGGUUAAUGCAUGGAAAGCACAGCUGAAUUAUGCCUUGCCCCAACCCCUCAAUGAAAUUGAAGCCUGGCUCCAGGAGGUAGAGGAGCUCAUUGGUGACAGCUUGCCAGCCUCCCAGGAUUACUCCACAGCCAUGACUCUGACACAAGAGAGAAUGACUUUAUUCAAGAGUCUGAUGGAUAGAUUUGACUGUUAUUCGAACAUCCUUCUUACAUUUGAAAAUACAGAUGAAAAACAUUUGGCCCUGGUACCACCUACCAAACUGGAUGAAAUGAGAAGACGACUCAACAAUAUUUUGGGGAAGAAAUUCAUUCUACUUCUGGAAUUUCAUUACUAUAAGUGCUCAGUUCUUGGUUUGCUAGAUGAAGUGAAAUCAAAAUUGGAUGUUUGGAACGUUAACUAUGGCAGCAAAGACUCUGUGGAAUUGUUGCUGGAAGACUGGCAUAGAUUUAUUGAAGAAAAAGAGUUCCUGGUUCAACUUGAGACUUCUUUUCAAAAAUGUGAAGAAAUUUAUAAGAAUUUGGCUGGAGAAUGUCAGUAUGUUAGUAAACAAUAUAAGAUGGUGAAAUACAACAUUUGUGUAUAUAGAAAAAAUAUAUAUAAUGUGAAGUCCACUCUACAACAAGUUCUGGCAUGUUGGGCUACUUAUAUGGAAAACCUUCGCUUUCUAAAGGCUUGGUUUGAGGAAACAAAGAAGGAACAAAUUAAAGAGAUUCCCUUUGAGAUACUGUCCCAAUGGAGUCUACAACAUACUGCUUUAAAUGAAGCUGGAAAUUUCCUAAUUGAAGUUAGCACUGAUGCAGUCAGAUCUUCUAUUUCUAAAGAACUGAGAAGGCUGAAUAAAAGAUGGAGAAAGUUUAUUUCAAAAACUCAGCUUGAAAUGAACCUACCACUUAGAAAAAAACAGGAUCAGCCUAUUUUUGACAAAUCUGGAAAUAUUAUACUAUCCAAAGAACGAAAACGAGAUUUUUUGGUGGAUAUGUCCAUAGAACUUCCUGAGUAUCACUAUCAGAAUAUAGAGGCUGGGGAAGAACAUGAGAAAGAAAAUGAAGAAAUUAUAGGGCAACUAAAAGUUGUUGAAGAAGUCAAAGAACUCAUUAGACAAGUGGAAAUCUGGGAGGCAGAAGCCAAAUCUGUUUUGGAUCUUCUGAGACAUCAAGAUUAUGUGGAUACCUCAAUGCAAGAAUCUUUGCAGCAUCUUAUUGCUGAAGGCUCUAUGUAUGACAAGCUUAUGGCUAAAAGUGAAGAUACUUUACAAAUGGAUAUACAAAGUGUUUCGGGCCAGGAGUCCGUCCAAGAUGUUAUCAAGGCUAGUCUUCAGACAAAGAUCCAAGAAGCUAAAGAGAAAGUCCAGAUCAGCAUAGUAAAACUCAUUGCAGUGUUUAAGAGCUCAGCUGACAUUUCACCAGAAUUGGAUGUCAGGCUGAUGGUGGAAGAAUCACAGAAGGAAGCUGAAUCAGACAUUUUGAAAGCUGAACAGUUACUUGGGCAAGAAGAGAGCUCCAGUGGACUCAUUUCAAAACAUAAGGAGGCACUAGAAAUUUUUAAUACUAAAAGUGUGGCCAAGUAUUUGAAAGUAGUUGAAGAACUAAAAUAUAACGUAACUGAGGAGGAGAAGCUAUCUUUGGAAGAAAAGAGUAGAGCUGUCUGUGCCAAGUGGGAGUCUCUUCACCACGAACUGUCUUUGUACAUUCCACGACUAAGAAUAGAUAUUGAAAAGGGAAAGCUGAGUGACAAUAUUUCAAAACUGGAAAAGCAAAUAAAUAAAGAAAAGAAACUAAUCCGUAGAGGAAGGACCAAGGGUCUCCUCAAAGAACAUGAGGCUUGCUUUUCUGAGGAAGGUAUUCUGUACCAGCUUAAUCACCACAUGGAUGUCCUGAGGGAGCUGUGUAAAGAGCUUGCUUCACAGAAGAGUCAGCAAGAAGUGAGGGCAGUACUCAGAGAUUAUGAGCACAAGAUAGAAAGGCUCCUGAAAUGUGCUUCCGAGAUUCACUCAGUGCUGCAGCCCACAAUGGGAGGCAUUUCCAAAACCGAGCUCCUACUUCAUAAGGACAGUUCUGCUCCAGGGGUGACCAUGGCCACAUCUGAGAAUAGAGAAGAGGAUUUUCACAAUGAAGUGCCAUUUGCAAAACCAGAUAACCGGCCAUCAGCUGAAAAGGCAAUGGAACCAAUUACAGAUUUUAACGUAGCAUCAGAGUUAAAGUCUCAGCAAGAAGAAAGCAUUGUAGAGAACUAUGGAAAGGAUCGGUGUCCAUCUAUGAAGAGUUUACUAGAGAGGUAUGAUAAACAUAGACAGAUUCUUGAAUUACAGCUACAAAACAACACAUUCAGGAUUACUUCUGAUUUCUCUCCGGAAAAGGAAAGGAAUGCUGCUUGCCUGCAGGCUAAACUGACAGAUCUACAGCUCUUACAAAAUGAAACUGAAACAUGUUGGAAAGCAUUUGAAAUCACUUCACUGAAGUUAGAAAAUCGUGUGAGUGACAAAAAGAAGCCUUUUAUGGUUAAAGAAAGAAACAGUUUAAAGGGAAAGGAAAGAGAGUUUCAGAUGGCCCUUAAGACCAGAAUGAAGUCUUUGGAGACUGCACUACAGAUUGUGUUACCGGUGGAGAAUGGGUUACGCCUUCUCUGUGACUCAGACCUGCCCCCGAGUGAAGUGACUGUCCAGGAAUUUUAUCUCAUUGAUGCCGAUGGCCUUUAUCAAAACCUGAGGAAUAUCCAAGAUUCCAUAGCAGAGCAGAUUGAAAUAUGCAAUAAUUUAGGAGAGUCAGGCAACUUUGUAUGGAAGGAAUUACAUCCACUGGAUGUGCAUGCAGUGCAGAAGAUUAUACUGAAAUGCAAAACACGACUUGAAGAAAUGAAUCACAAGGUGCAGACAACUGAAGAUGUCCUCAAGGCGCUGGAGGAUUUUCUGGGGUCUCUCAGAAUGUCUCAACUCUCUGCUGAGCUUAUUCCAGGCCAUUCAGCCUCAGGUACACAGGCGAUAUCAGAAAAUACUCCGACAGCAAAAAAUAAAGCAGAAGAAAUUCAACUGAUGAAAGACAAUGCCAGACGCUUGGACGAACGUUUGAAGAUGCUUGAUAUGAGCUUUAAAGACGCUACACGGGGUGAAGACACCUCCUGUGAGAAACUUUCUGAUGCUGUGUCAGUACAGUUAGUGGAGACACAUGGUGUGCGGGAGAGACUUGCUGAGGAACACGAGUUGCUAGAGGCUUGCGUUUCCAAAAAUGAAGAACUCCUUAAAAAUAUUGAAGAUGUGCAGAAUCAGAUCAGUAAGAUUGGUCUUAAGGAUCCCACGGCUCCAGCUGUGAAACAUCGGAAAAUAUCAUUACUCAAACUGGAUAAGGAUCUGGAUGAAUAUGAAGAAGAAAAGACACAAUUACAAGAAAUGGCCAGUUCUCUUCCACAAUUCAAAGAUGGCAGAGAAAAAACCUUGAAUCAGCAGUGCCAAAAUACAGUGCUUCUGUGGGAGAAUACAAAAGCAUUGAUCACUGAAAGUCUAGAACAGUGUGGAAGAGUUUUAGAGCUCUUAAAGCAGUAUCAGAGUUUUAAAAGUGUCUUGACGACUUUGAUUCAGAAAGAAGAGAAUGUAAUGUCCUUGCCGUCUUUGUACAUGGGGAAGGAAAACCUGAAGAAGAGGAUAGCAGAGAUUGAAGUUGUCAAAGAGGAAUUUAACGAACAUUCAGAAGAUGUAGACAAGUUAAACAAGAUCUGCAAAAAUCUACAAUUUCAUCUAAAUAAAAUGAAAACUUUUGAAGAGCCCCCUUUUGAGAAAGAGGCUAAUAUUAUUGUGGACAGAUGGCUUGAUAUAAAUGAGAAGACAGAAGACUACUAUGAAAACCUUGGUCGAGCUCUAGUUUUGUGGGACAAAAUUAUUAACUUAAAAAAUGUCAUUUAUGAGUGGAUGGGAAAAGCCCUUCAAGAAAUGGAAUUACAGUCACUGUCUGAAGAGGACAGAGAAAGGCUGAAGGAGGAGUUACAAGUCCAUGAACAAAAAACUUCAGAAUUUUCUAGAAGAGUGGCUGAAGUACAGUUUCUGCUUCAAAGUAGUGAAAUACCUCUUGAAUUGCAGGUCAUGGAGUCCUCUGUUUUAAAAAGGAUGGAACAAGUAAAAAAGUGUUUCACAGGAGGAUCUAACUGUUCUGUGCUCAGUGGCAGCACUGCCGAGCUAAGGGAGGAUCUCGACCAAGCCAAGACGCAAAUUGGGAUGACCGAAUCCCUCUUAAAAGCCCUGUCUCCUUCUGACAGCCUGGAGAUCUUCACUAAACUAGAGGAGAUACAACAGCAAAUUCUACAGCAAAAGCACAGUAUGAUAUUACUUGAGAAUCAAAUAGGUUGUCUGACUCCUGAACUCUCUGAAUUGAAAAAGCAAUAUGAAAGUGUCAGUGCUUUAUUUAACACCAAAAAAAGUGUUUUGCAAGAUCACUUUUCUAAGUUAUUGAGUGAUCAAUGCAAGAACUUUAAUGACUGGUUCAGCAACAUAACAAUGAACCUUAAGGAGUGUUUUGAAUCAGCAGAAACAAAAAAGAGUGUGGAACAGAAGCUACAAAAACUUUCUGAUUUCUUGACCCUUGAAGGAAGAAGAUGUAAAAUCCAGCAGGUGGAUACCUUACUGAAUCAUGUGAAGAAGCUUCUGCCCAAAGCACAGGUUAAGGAGCUGACCACUUGGCUUACAGGUCAAGAAUUUGAAUUAGAAAAAAUGGAGUCCAUAUGCCAGUCACGAGCAAAGGAGCUUGAGGGCUGUUUGCAGCAGCUAUUGAGACUCCAGGAUGACCACAGAAACCUGAGUAAGUGGUUGGCUAAUCAAGAAGAGAAAUGGAAAGAAAUGGAAGAAUCAGUAGAGAAAACUGAGCUAUUUUGCCAAGCAUUACCUAGAAAGAGGGAACAAUUUGAAUCUAUGGCACAGUUGAACAAUUCCUUGAAGGAAUAUGGGCUCAGUGAUGAAGAAGCAAUAAUAGAAUCAACACAUUUGAUCGAUAGAUACCAGACAUUCCUGAGAAAAUUAGAAGAAAUUGAGGAAGAAGAUAAGUUACCACCUGCUGAGAACCAGAGCUUUCAUGAUCUUGCAGAUGAUGUAAUUCACUGGAUAGACGAGAUUAAAGAGUCCCUUUUGGUUUUGAAUUCAUCUGAAGGCAAAAUGCCCCUUGAAGAAAGAAUCCAAAAAAUAAAGGAAAUCAUUUUACUAAAGCCUGUAGGGGACGCCAAGAUAGAGACCAUCACGCAGCAGGCUGACAGCAAUGAGUCCCCACUGGCUCAGAAGACCCUUACUGACAUCAGCAACCAGUGGGACAACACGUUGCAUUUAGCCAACACAUACCUAAGCCAUCAAGAAAAGCUUCUAUUAGAAGGAGAGAAGUAUUUGCAAAGCAAGGAGGAUUUAAGACUGAUGCUCACAGAACUAAAGAAGAAACAGGAAUCGGGGUUUGCUGUGCAGCACGGUCUGCAGGAGAAGCAAACUCAGUUAAAAAAUUAUAAGAAAUUUCUCAAGAAAGCACAAGAUUUGACAUCCUUGCUAAGGGAGUUAAAAUCUCAAGGAAAUUAUCUUUUGGAAUGUACUAAAAAUCCCAAAUUCAGUGAAGAGCCUUGGCUGGAAAUAAAGCAUCUUCAUGAAAGUCUUCUUCAACAACUGCAGGAUUCUGUGCAGAAACUGGAAGGUCAUGUUCAAGAACACCACUCAUACCAAGUUUGUGUCACCGACCUAAACACCACAUUGGACAGUUUCUCCAAAGAUCUUGUCAGUUUUUCUGAUAAGCCUGUGGAUCAAAUAGCACUUGAGGAAAAAUUGCAGAAACUACAGGAACUAGAGGAUAGAUUCCAUCUACACGAUGACACAUUAAGAAAGAUUUUUGCUUUAGCUGAAUCCAUCAAGCAAAAUACAUCUUCAGCAGGACAGAAGAUUAUUAAGGAUGAUAUAAAAUCACUUAAGUGUAAACAAAAAGAUUUGAAAAAAAGGCUUGAAUCUGCUAAGCAGGACACAGAAAAUUAUCUCAAUAGCAUUCUCAAAUCAAAAUGCUCAACAGAAAAGAAAGAAAAGUUUACUCUGCCAGGCAGAGAGAAGCAGACCACUUCUGAUGUUCAGGAGUCUACUCAGGAAUCAGGUGCAGUGGAAAAGUUGGAUGAAGGCUGGGAAAUAAACAAGAAUUCAGCUGUGGAAACGGUUAUGUCAAAACAACUUUCUCCCAAUGUUCAAGAAAGCAUGAAAAACACCGAAGAUGAGCAGAAAGUCAAUGAGCUGCAAAAUCAACCUUUAGAAUUAGACAUUAUGUUAAGAAAUGAACAAUUAAAAGAGAUAGAGGAAUUAUAUACGCACUUGGAGGCAAAAAAAGCAGCCAUUGAACCACUGGAACAAACCGAAUGUCUCAACCAAAGAGAAACAAGUGCCUUGGUUUUCCACACUACGAGAUAUUCCACACUCUACUUGGAUAAUCUGCUUAAGACACUUGUGACUUUAAAGAAAACUAAAAAAAGCCAAUAUUGUCUUCUUAAAGAUUUUCAGGAGCACUUUACUACUGCUGAGUCAUCUCUGAAAGCCUCAAUGACAGAAAGAGAAAGCCUAAAAGUGGGACCACUGGAUAGUGUAACAUAUCUGGACAAAAUUAAAAAAUUCCUGGCAUCUGUGGAAAAAGAGAAAGUUUCUUUAAGCAAGCUGAAACUCGAGUGGGAGAAUUUAUCAAAUCAUGCAACAGACAUGGAUCAGAAACUGCUGGAAAUCCAGAUUAAGCACCUGGAACAUGGUUGGGAACAGGUAGAACAACUGGUUGAAAAGAAGUAUUCUCAGCAAGUAGUGGAAUACAGUGCAUUCCUAUCCUUCAUGAAUCAGUUGCAAGACCUUGAGAGUUCUCUGCAGCAGCAGCAGCAGUGUCUACAGUUAAGGCUGGACUCUCCAGAACAGGAGGGCAACCAAAGCAUUAUCGCCUUGGCCACUGAACUCCAGGCCAUCAAGCACAGAUUUUCUGUUUUAAGGGGGCAAGCUGAACUUCAGAUGAAGAGGAUUUGGGGAGAAAAUGAAAAGAAACUUUUGGAGGAUGCAAUAAAUAAUUUGAAGCAGCGAUUAGAAGCGGUACAGCUGUUAAGCCUAGAGGCAGAGCGUCAGAUUGAGAAGAGUGACCUGAGGAACAAAGUGAAAGAGACUAUUUUGUGGAUCAAGAAUCUGCUGAGUGAACUCGUUACCACCCCCAUUUCCCUUCUCACAGACGACAUUCUUGCCCAGAUCAGAAAAUGCAAGGUGACACAUGACGGCAUUCUGGAUAGGCAGAAGGCUGUGGAGUCCUUGGUGGAAGAGAUCAAAGCCAACGUUCCCAGCCUGACAGCAUGUGAGAGUGAUGAUUUAAAUAAUCUCCUAGAGGACUUACAGAAGCAAUACCAAAUGUUGGUUUUAAAAUCAACUCACACAUCACAGCAAUUAGAAUUAAAAUUGGAGGAAAGAAGCAAAUUAUUUUCAGUAAUAAGAAAGCUUCAACUUACACUUCAAGGAGGGCAAACACUGAUGAUUCCCAAGGUGGAAACAACCUCCACAGAAGCUGAACUGGAACAUCACCAUGUCACUUUGAAGUCAUCUCAGAAGGAACUGCAGGAAAUUGUAAGUGUCCUCUCAACACAUCUUCAGGAACUCCCAACCAUCUUUGAGGGUCUAAAUGUGUUUGAGAAAUUAUUUCUGGAUGAUCACUUAAAGAAUCUGAAGACUAGAGCCAACAGAAUGCAGAGAUUCAUUCAGAAUAAAUGUAGAGAAGUGGAAUACAAGAUAAAUUUUUACAGAGAACUCCAUGAAAAAACAUCUGUGCUUCAGAAGGAGGUUGAUAGUAUACAACACAAUGAACUCCUACUUCAAGAAAUAAAUCAAGAGGUUAAAGAGGAGACCCAUAAUCUUAAAGAUAGAUUCAUUGGUAUUCAACAUAGCAUCUUAGAAGCAUUGAAACUUAAAGAAGUGUUUGAUUACAUGGGACUAAAGUGGGAUGGUUCAAAACUUCACCAAUUACAAACACAAGUAUUUGAAAAAGAGAAAGAACUUGAAGAAAAAAUUAAGCAGUUAGACACAUUUGAAAAAGAAUAUGGCAAAUAUCAAGCAUCACUAAAUAAAAUGAGAGUUAUGGAUUUGCAGAUUAAGAAAGGUGCUGAAGCAGUACUGGAAGCUCCUAAUACUCUACCAGAAUCCAAUGUGCUCAGUGCUCAAAUUUUGAACCAGAAAAUUGAAAAAGCCAAGCGCUUAUAUGAUGAGAUAGUAAAGAAUUUAAAUGAAAAUAAGGCCUUCGAUGACUCAUUCAAAGAGGAAGAAAUACUACAAAUAAAGCUGAAAGUUGAAGAAAAUGAUAAGUUGCAUAAGGUUCUUCAAAACAUGGUACUAGAAUUCCAGCCCAAAAAAAUGGAUAAGAAGAAUUUUCUGGACAAAUUAGAAAAUUGCAUACAUAUUUUAAAUCAGAUAAAAUCUCAAUUACAGCAGCCUUUACUUAUAAAUUUGGAAAUUAAACAUAUUCAAAAUGAAAAGGAUAAUUGUGAAGCAUUUCAAGAACAAGUGCAGGCAGAAAUGUUUAGUAUUAAAACUGUGACUGCUAUUGAGAGGCAAAGAGAAGAAAGCUCUUUUGAAACCAGUGACUUGGAGACAAAAUUACAUGACAUUGAAGACCUUCAAAGGCAGCUUAUUGGGAGCAUUGAUAUGCGCAUGAUUGUCUUGAAUGAUGCUUACGAAAAUUUAACACGCUAUGAAGAAGAAGUCACCAGGGCACUGGAGAUUGCCACUUCCCUUGAAGCCAUCACUGCAUCCCAUAGAGUAAACCUCGAUAAUCCAGAAGAAUCACUAGAGAUGCCUCUUAGGAAACAAGAGGAAUUGGAAUCAGCAAUAGCAGAUGUCCAGGAGCUCACUGAGAAACUAGCAGCUGUAUCCAGCCCUGAAGCCAAGCUCCAACUUCAGUGUACUUUACAGGAACUAGAUUCUAAGAACUCAGCCGUGAAGGAAGCCAUCAGAGUAAAGACGGCUGACAUAGAACGAUGUCUUGAGAGUUACCAGUGCUAUAGAAAGACUGAAGAGAAAAUUUUUGAUAACCUCAGAAAAAUGGAAGCAGUUCUCAGGCAGUCCAUGUCCCCAUUGCCAGUGUCUUACAAAGAAGCUUUAGAGCACGUGGAACAGAGCAAGGCCUUGGUGUCAAGUCUUAUGUCAAUCAGGGAAGAAUUAAUGAAACUACGACAGGCCCUCAGACACUUGAGACCCAGAUGCACAGAAAAAGAUGGUGUGUGUUUGCUCCAAACCAUGUUGGCUCUGUGGGGGAAAUGGCUGAGUUUGCUGGAAGCUGCUAAAGAAUGGGACAUGUGGUGUGAAGAACUGAAACAGGAGUGGAAAUUCAUCAGUGAAGAAAUUGAACGAGAAGCAAUUAUUUUAGAUAAUCUUCAGGAAGAACUCCCCCAGAUUUCCAAAACAAAAGAGGCAGCCACCACAGAGGAGCUCUCUGAUCUGCAAGACUGUUUGUGCCAAGGUGAGGAGAACAUGGAGCAGCAGCAGCUCACACUGAACCUGCUUUUCCAACGCAUCCAAAGUGUGCAGAGUGUUCCUGAAGGCAUGGAGGCUGUGGAAACUGUUCCAGCAAAGCAGGAGAUUACAUCUAUGCAAGAACGAUGUAGCAAACUUUUUCAGAAAGCACAAAAAUAUAAGGAAUUGAUACAGGCUGAAAUCCAAGAGAGACAUACCUUCACAAGAGAAAUAAUUGCCUUGAAGAAUUUAUUUCAACAGACUACAAUUUCUUUCCAAAAUAUGGCCUUACAGGACCACCCAGAAAAGACAGAAGAGUUUGAGGAGCUACAAAGCAUUCUUAGAAAAGGGAAGCUAACUUUCGAGAAUAUUAUGGAAAAACUACGAAUCAAGUAUUCUGAAAUGUACACCAUAGUCCCUGCAGAGAUUGAAUCCCAGGCAGAAGAAUGCAGAAAAGCUUUAGAAGACGUAGAUGAGAAGAUUAGCAGUGAAGUCUUGAAAAGCUUACCGUCAUAUACAAUGAACAGAAAAAUAGAAGAAAUUAACAACGGGCUUCGUAAUGUUGAAAAGAUGUUGCAGCAGAAAAGCAAAAAUAUUGAGAAAGCACAAGAAAUUCAAAAGAAAAUGUGGGAUGAACUCGACCUCUGGCAUUCCAAGCUGAAUGAGCUAGAUUCUGAAGUUCAGGACAUGGUUGAACACGACCCGGGGCAGGCACCAGAGUGGAUGGAUAAGUUGAUGGUCCCUUUCCAGCAGUACCAGCAGGUGUCACAGAGGGCAGAAUGCAGAACCUCGCAGUUAAACAAGGCCACGCUUAAGAUGGAGGAAUGUGGUGAUCUUCUGAAGAGCACUGAGGCUUGGAUGGAGAGUACCAGUUGUUUGCUGACCAGUCCUGCUGACUACGGCUCCUCACGCAGACUGAGUCACCAUGCCAGCGCCCUCCAGAUGGCUUUGGAAGAUUCAGAACAGAAGCACAAUCUUUUACAUUCAAUUCUAACUGAUCUAGAAGACUUGUCAAUAAUUUUUGAAACAAAUGACUUAACACAGUCCAUACAAGAGUUAACUAAUCAAGUAACAGCUUUACAACAACAAAUAAUGGCACGGCUUCCACAGAUUCAGCGACUGGCUAAUGAUGUGGUUGCUAUUGAAUCUGAAGUAAAAUCAAUGGAGAAAAAAGUUUCAAAAAUCAAAACUAUCCUGUUAUCAAAAGAAAUAUUUGAUUUUUCACCUGAAGAACAUCUUAAACAUGGGGAGGUCAUACUUGAAAAUAUACGUCCCAUGAAGAAAUCCAUUGCUGAGAUAGUGUCUUACCAAGUGGAACUGAGGUUACCCCAGACAGGAGUGAAACCUCUGCCCAUGUUUCAGCGGACAAAUCAGCUUUUACAAGAUAUAAAACUGUUGGAAAAUGUGACUCAAGAACAAAAUGAGUUACUAAAGGUAGUCAUAAAACAGACUCAUGAAUGUGACGAAGAAAUAGAACAUUUGGAACAGAUCUUAAAUAAUUAUUCAGCUCAGUUCUCCCUUGAACAUAUGUCACCUGUACAGGGAGAAAUUGAAGGUAUGGAAAAGCAGAUUCUGAGUUUGAACCAGAAAAAAGAGGACCUCUUGGUGGACUUGAAGGCCACCGUGCUAAACCUUCACCAGCAUUUAAAGCAACAACAAGAAGCAGAAAGAGAAAUGCCGUCAGCUGCAGUGCCCGAGGAGGGGGAAGAGGCAGAGAGGGAUGUUUCUGAGUGGAAGGUGAAUAGAACAGGCUCCUUGUCCUUGCUGGCAGCUGUCGCGGAAGAGGCAGAAGAAGGCUCCGUGAAGAGUGAAAAUGGAGAUAAGAAAGCAGAGCCAUCUUCCUGGUCCUGGCCUGUGCUCGGGAAGCUUGACAAGCACAUGGAGGAAGACAGAAUGUCCUCGUCCUCUGGAACUAUCAUUCAGGAGGCAGAUGAGAAAAUAAGCACCUGUGAUAGUUCCAUGGCACAAAUCCUUGUACCGGCCUCACUAAACACUGGGGAAGGCCCAGAAUUUUUCCUGCCCAGCCAAACAGAAGGGGGUGCCACACCUCCUAUCAAGGCUGUAGCUCUGGACUUUUCUGACCAGCAAGGAGCUUUUGAGGCCACGGAGGAGAAAAGUAGGCCCGAGCCUGCAGAAAUCCUCCAUGUCUGCACGACCCAGCUGGCCAAGCUGGAGCUGUGGCUGCAACAAGCCAACGUGGCAUUUGAGCCGGAAACAUUAAACGCAGACAUGCAGCAGGUGGUGGAGCAGCAGCUGGUAGGGUGCCAGGCUAUGCUAACUGAGAUUGAGCACAAGGUUGCCUCUUUGUUAGAGAAUUGCAAAGAUCAGGGCCUGGGAGAUAGUGGAGCCACUCAACAUGAAGCUGAAGAGCUUUCCUUGAAACUCAAAACUGUGAAGUGCAACUUGGAAAAAGUCCAGAUGAUGCUUCAGGAGAAAUACAGUGAGGAUCAGCACCCUACCCUUCUAAAGAAACCUUCAGAGAAUCCAAAAGUGCUCCAGCCAGUUGACCUUUCUGAGUUGGAAUCUACUGCAGCUGAAAGGCUGAGAUUCAGCAGACAAAAAGAUUUCCAACAGCAACAGGUCCUGGAGUUAAAACCAGUGGAACAGAAAGAUUUAAUCAAAUUCAUAGAAUUCAAUGCUAAGAAAAGAUGGCCCCCGCAUUGCCAACAUGAUAACGAUACAGCUCAGGAAUCAUCUAGAAGCAACCAGGCAUCUAGCCCAGAAAAUGAUGUUCCAGACACAGUGUCACCCCAGGGCCAAACUGGAGACAAAUGGCAGUAUCUGCACCAUGAGCUAUCGCGGAAGAUCAGGCUGCCUCCGCCUGAGCUGGUAGAGCCUCAGGUUGCCACAAAUAAGAGCAUUCUACCCAGUAUGAGCAUGUACAAUCUUAGAUACCCAACAACUGAAGAGCUGAAAACCUGCACCUGCCAACUCGAAGACCUGCGCCAAGAAGCAAAUAACCUUCGGACACAGGAAAACGUGACCGAAGAAACAUAUAUAAAUUUGGAUAAAAAAUUAUUUGAACUGUUCCUGACUCUCAGUCAGUGCCUGGGCAGCGUGGGGGAGAUGCUACAGACUCCAGGGCUUUUCCGAGAGGACGUUUCUGGGCAGCAGGUGCACUACGAGACACUGGCUCUUGAGUUGAAGAAACUUUAUUUAGCUAUGAGCGACAAGAAGGAUGAUCUUCUGGAAGCCCUGACUUGGUCUGGCAAGAACAGCAGCUUGCUCCGUGAGUGUUUUGACAAGCUCCAGGCCUGCCUGGUGCACACACACGCUACAGCGGCCUCUAGAAGCAAGUCCCUGAAAGCUGGUCUCAACUAUAACUGCAGUUAUCAGAAUGAAAUAAAGCGAUUAUAUGAUCAACUUAUUAAGAAUAAGACAUCUUUACAGCAGUCUUUGAAUGAAAUUAGUGGCCAGAGUAUUGGUGAACAGCUUCAGAAAGCAGAUGCACACAUGGCGGAGCUGCAGAACUCCGAGAGCCGAGUAGCCAAACUGAGAGACGAAGGGGAGAGACUCCAUCUACCUUAUGUUUUACUCCAGGAGGUUUAUAAAUUAGAGGAUGUACUUGACAGCAUGUGGGGCAUCCUGAAAGCCAGGUACACAGAACUCAGCAGCCCUUUCAUCACCGAGAGCCAGCAAGAUGCCUUGCUGCAGGGCAUGGUGGAACUAGUUCAUAUUGGAAAGGAAAAGCUUGUUCAGGACUACUUACAACAAACCAAAAGUAAACUCGCUUUACAGGCUCAAAUACAAAAUCACAAGGGUUUUUUCCAGAAGCUUGUUGCUGACAUGUUGUUGAUCCAGACAUAUUCUGCCAAAAUGUUUCCUUCUUUAUUGCAAAAAAGAGAGACAUUUUGGGCAGAACAAGUAGCAGAAGUUAAAUUGCUAGAAGAAAGGUCACAACAGUGUGGCAUGAAGCUGCAGAGUUUGUUGCAGAAAUGGGAAGAAUUUGAUGAAAACUAUGCAUCUCUUGAAAAGGACCUGGAAAUUCUGGUAUCUACAUUGCCCUCUGUGAGUUUGGUGGAAGAGACAGAGGAAAGAUUAGUGGAAAGGAUUUCAUUUUACCAGCAAAUAAAAAGAAACAUUCAUGGAAAGCAUGCCCGGCUUUGCCAAACUCUGAAUGAAGGCAAACAGCUGGUGGCGUCUGUGAGCUGUCCUGAAUUAGAGGGCCAGAUUGCACAACUGGAAGAGCAGUGGUUGUCUCUGAACAAGAAAAUUGACCAUGAACUCCACAGACUGCAAACACUUCUCAAGCAUCUGCUCAGUUACAACAGAGAUUCAGAUGAGUUAACCAAGUGGUUGGAGUCAUCUCAGCAAACUCUGAACUACUGGAAAGAACAGUCCCUCAAUGUGUCCCAGGACUUGGAUACAAUCAGAAGCAACAUAAAUAAUUUUUUUGAGUUUUCAAAGGAAGUUGAUGAAAAGUCCUCCUUGAAGACUGUUGUUAUAAGUACUGGGAACCAACUUCUUCACCUUAAAGAAGCUGAUACAGCUACACUAAGAGCAUCUUCAGCACAGUUUGAACAAAAAUGGACAAUGCUCAUCACUCAACUUCCAGAUAUUCAAGAGAAACUUCACCAGCUUCAGAUGGAGAAAUUGCCGUCUCGUGAAGCUAUCACAGAAAUGAUUAGCUGGAUGAACAGUGUGGAGCAGCAGACCGCAGACUCUGUGUGUUCUCCAGGUUCUGUGUCUCAAGUUAAAAAUCUUCUUCAGAAGCACAAGGCGGUCAGAAUGGAAAUGGACUAUAAACAGUGGAUAGUUGACUUCGUUAACCAGUCCCUACUUCAGUUAAGCACCUGUGAUGUCGAAAGCAAGCGGUAUGAGAGGACAGAGUUUGCAGAGCACCUGGGGGAGAUGAACCGCCAGUGGCACCGGGUACACGGAGCACUGACCAGGAAGAUACAACAUUUAGAACAACUUUUGGAGAGUAUCACAGAGAAUGAGAAUAAGAUCCAGAUUUUGAACAACUGGCUGGAAGCACAAGAAGAGAGAUUGAAAACAUUACAAAAACCUGAAAGUGUGGUCUCAGUCCAGAAGCUGCUGCUGGAUUGUCAGGAUAUAGAAAAUCAGCUUGCCAUUAAAUCCAGAGCACUGGACGAGUUGAGACAAAGUUAUCUGUCUUUGGAGAGUGGGACAAUGCCUUUGUUAGAAGAUAUGGCAUCUAGAAUUGAUGAGUUAUUUCAAAAGAGAAGCAGCGUCAUCAUUCAGGUCAAUCAGCUCAAAACCUCCAUGCAGCCAGUUUUACAGGAGUGGAAGAUUUAUGAUAAACUCUAUGAUGAAGUGAGUAUGAUGACAAUCCGAUUCUGCUACUGCGUGGAACACAGCAAGCCCGUCGUGUUAUCCUUGGAGGCGGUGAGAUGCCAGGUGCAGAGCCUUCAGUCUCUCCAGGAUGAUGCCGAGAGCAGUGAGGGGAGCUGGGGAAAACUCCAGGAGGUUAUUGGCAAACUCAAAGGUCUCUGCCCCUGUGUUGCUGAAAUAAUUAAAGAGAAGUGCCAAGUUAUUCAUGCAAGGUGGACCCAGGUAAACCAAGACAUUGCAGACCGGUUGCAGAAGGCCCAGAGCCUGCUUCAGCUCUGGGAAGCGUAUAACACUGCUCACUCGGAAGCCAGAGCACGGCUGGAGCAGCAGGAGGCAAAGUCUCAACAGCUUGCAAACAUCAACAUGUCUGGAAACAACCUGGCAGAGAUCCUUCCCCCAGCCCUGCAGGACACAAAGGAGCUGCAGCAUGAUGUGCAGAAGACAAAAGAAUCCUUUCUCCAAAAUUCCCCUCUUCUGGAACAGCUCCCACAACCCACAGAGUCUGGCACACACAUGUUCCUCCCUGGUCACCUGCACUUCCUCCAGAGGGCUACUCAUUUGGAAAAGAUGCUGCUUAUGAAAGCAAAUGAGUUUGAGUUUGUUCUCUCACAGUUUAAGGAUUUUGGGGACCAGCUGGAGUCUUUAAAAGAUCUUAUCAGGCAUGAAGAAGAGAAUUUGGAUAGACUCUACCAGCAAGAAAAAGAAGAAAAUCCUGACUCAUUCCUGAAUCAUGUGCUGGCACUGUCAGCCCAAUCACCUGCUAUUGAACAUUUGAAUGAAGUGAGCCUCAAGCUCCCACUUAGUGACGUAGCUGUGAAGACAUUGCAGAAUAUGAACCGGCAGUGGAUCCGGGCCACGGCCACAGCACUGGAGCGGUGCAGUGAGCUUCAGGGAAUUGGAUUGAAUGAAAAGUUUCUGUAUUGCUGUGAAAAGUGGGUCCAACUUCUGGAGAAGACAGAAGAGACACUCAAAGUGAAUAUUGCCGGCAGCCUUCCUGCUCUGUUGGAGCAGCAGAAAACCUAUGAGAUGUUAGAAGCAGAACUUUCUAUAAACCAAACAAUUGCUGAUUCUUACAUCACCCAGUCCUUACAACUCCUGGACACAACAGAAAUAGAGAAGAGACCAGAAUUUGUUUCAGAAUUCUCAAAGCUGGCAGACCGGUGGCAGAGCGCUGCCCAGGGGGUUCGGCAGAGGAAGGGAGACAUUGCCGGACUGGUGAGGCAGUGGCGAUACUUCACCACAUCUGUGGAGGACUUGUUACGCUUCCUCACUGAUGCCAGCCACCUGCUGUGCGCAGUGGAGGGCCAGGAUCGCCACAGCCUCUACCAAAUCAGAAGUCUGAUCCAUGAACUAAAGAAUAAAGAAAUCCACUUUCAGAGAUGGCAGACUACCUAUUCACUGACCUUGGAAACUGGGGAAAAGUUACUGCACACAACUAACCUGGAAUGUAAAGAGUCAGUUGACAAGAGCAUCCGUCAACUUCGAGACCAGUGGAACAACACAGAGCUCCAGCUAGCAGAGAUGAUCAAGCAGUUCCAGAGCAUUGCAGAGACCUGGGACCAGUGUGAAAAAAAAAUCAAGGUGUUGAAAAGCAGGCUGCAAGUUUUAAAGGCACAAAGUAAAGAUCCUCUUCCAGAACUUCAUGAGGACCUCCAUAAUGAAAAAGACCUGAUUAAGGAACUAGAGAAGUCUUUGGCUAACUGGACUCAGAACUGGAAAGAACUUGAAACCAUGAAGGCAGACUUAACCCAGCACAUUCUUGUGGAAGACGUGAUGGUUCUGAAGGAGCAAAUAGAGCAUUUGCACAGACAAUGGGAGGACCUCUGCCUAAGAGUGGCUGUGCGCAAGCAGGAGAUUGAAGACAGACUCAACUCAUGGAUUAUAUUCAAUGAAAAAAAUAAAGAGCUAUGUGCAUGGCUGGUGCAGAUGGAAAACAAAGUCCUACAGACAGCAGAUAUUAGUAUUGAAGAAAUGAUUGAAAAGUUACAGAAGGACUGCAUGGAAGAAAUAAACUUAUUUAGUGAAAACAAGUUGCAGUUAAAGCAAAUGGGUGACCAGUUGAUCAAGGCCAGCAACAAGACAAGAGCGGCUGAGAUCGAUGACAAGCUCAACAAAAUUAACAAUCGCUGGCAGCAUCUUUUUGAUGUCAUUGGAUCAAGGGUGAAGAAGCUGAAGGAGACCUUUGCUUUUAUUCAGCAGUUGGACAAAAACAUGAGCAACCUUCGAACCUGGCUGGCUCGAAUCGAAUCCGAACUUUCCAAGCCUGUUGUUUACGAUGUCUGUGAUGACCAAGAGAUCCAGAAGAGGCUCGCCGAGCAGCAGGAUCUGCAGCGAGACAUCGAGCAGCACAGUGCUGGGGUGGAGUCCGUGUUUAACAUCUGUGACGUCCUGUUGCAUGACUCCGAUGCCUGUGCAAAUGAGACCGAGUGUGAUUCCAUCCAGCAGACCACCAGAAGCUUGGACAGACGCUGGAGGAACAUCUGUGCCAUGUCCAUGGAGCGGCGCAUGAAAAUCGAGGAAACGUGGCGCCUGUGGCAAAAGUUUUUAGAUGAUUAUUCCCGCUUUGAGGACUGGCUCAAGUCAGCAGAGAGGACAGCAGCCUGCCCAAAUUCCUCAGAAGUGCUAUACACGAAUGCCAAAGAAGAGCUGAAGAGGUUUGAGGCCUUCCAGCGGCAGAUCCACGAGCGGCUCACUCAACUGGAGCUCAUCAACAAGCAGUACCGGCGGCUGGCCCGGGAGAACCGCACGGACACGGCCAGCAGGCUGAAGCAGAUGGUCCACGAGGGCAACCAGCGCUGGGACAACCUGCAGAGGCGGGUCACGGCCAUCCUGCGGAGACUCAGACAUUUCACCAACCAAAGGGAGGAGUUCGAGGGGACCCGGGAGAGCAUCCUGGUGUGGCUCACAGAGAUGGACCUGCAGCUGACCAACGUGGAACACUUCUCAGAGAGUGACGCUGACGACAAGAUGCGCCAGCUGAAUGGCUUCCAACAAGAGAUUACGUUAAAUACCAACAAGAUUGACCAGCUCAUCGUGUUUGGGGAGCAGCUCAUCCAGAAGAGUGAGCCCCUGGAUGCCGUGCUGAUUGAGGACGAGCUGGAAGAGCUGCACCGCUACUGCCAGGAGGUGUUCGGCAGGGUGUCCCGGUUCCACCGGCGGCUGACCUCCCACGCCCCAGGCUUGGAAGAUGAAAAGGAGGCUUCUGAGAAUGAAACGGACAUGGAAGACCCCAGAGAGAUCCAAACCGACUCUUGGCGUAAAAGGAGCGAGGAGCCCACGUCACCUCAGUCCCUCUGUCAUCUAGUGCCGCCAGCACCGGGCCCCGAGCGGUCUGGCUGUGAGACCCCCGUCAGUGUGGACUCCAUCCCUCUGGAGUGGGAUCACACAGGUGACGUGGGGGGCUCCUCCUCUCAUGAAGAAGACGAGGAGGGCCCGUACUACAGUGCACUAUCAGAUGUAGAAAUCCCUGAAAAUCCUGAGGCAUAUCUUAAAAUGACCACAAAAACUUUGAAAGCGUCUUCUGGUAAAUCCAUUUCUGAUAGCCACUCAUGGCAUGUUGCCGACACUCCUUCCUGUCCCAAGCAUCACUACAAACAAAUGGAAGGUGACAGGGACGUACCACCCAUCCCCUCAGAUUCCAGCACCCCUUAUAAACCACCCUAUGUAAAGCUGCUAUUACCUUCAGGAAAAGAAAGCCCUCGAGUCAUAAAUGGCGACCCACAGCAGGAAGAUGAAGGCCUAGCUGGCGGGAACGGGCAGCAGCCAGGUGCCUUUGACAGAUGGGAACUGACUCAAGCACAAGAACUGCAGGACAAAUUCAGGAUGAAACAAAACUUGGAGCAGCUAAAUUCUGAUAUCAGCAACAUCACCACUUGGCUGGAAAAAACUGAAGCAGAGCUGGAAAUGUUAAAGAUGGCAAAGCCCCCCUCCGACAUCCAAGAAAUGGGUCUCAGAGUGAGAAGACUGCAGGAGAUAUUAAACGCCUUUGACACCUACAAGGCCUUAGUGGUCUCUGCCAACACCAGCAGCAAGGAAUUCCUGCAAACCCCGAGUGCCGAGUCUAGGGAGCUCCACAGUCGGCUCCGCCAGCUGAGCCUGGGCUGGGACGCGGCACAGGGCGCGGUGGACAGCUGGAGAGACGGCCUGCGACAGUCACUCAUGCAGUGCCAGGACUUCCAUCAGCUGAGUCAAAACGUGCUGCUGUGGUUAGCAAGUGCCGAGAACCGGAGACAAAAGGUUCAUGUUGCCGACCCAAAGGCAGACUCCCAGACCCUUCUGGAGCGUCAAAAGGAGCUCAGGCAACUAGAAAAGGAGCUAAUGGAACGUCAGCCUCAAGUAGAUUCCUUGCAGGAGAUCUCAAACAGCCUCCUGAUUAAGGGGCACGGGGAAGACUACAUUGAGGCUGAAGAGAAAGUCCAUGUUAUCGAGAAGAAACUCAAACAGUUACUGGAACAAGUGUCCCAAGAUUUAAUGUCCUUGCAGGGAACCCAGAACCCAGACACAUCUCUGCCUGGCUUGGAUGAGGUAGACAUGGGCGACCAGCCUCCAGCAACAUCUGCACCAGUCCCCAACACAAAGCAAUUUGGAGCAGAGAGGACUACAGGUGAUGAGAUGGAGACAGAGAACAGGGUGCCUGGCGGGGUGCGGCCACGGCGCUCCUUCCUCUCCCGAGUGAUCAGGGCGGCACUGCCCCUGCAGCUGCUGCUCCUGCUGCUGCUGCUUCUGGCCUGCCUGCUGCCCUCCUCUGAGGAAGACUACAGCUGCACUCAAGCCAACAACUUCGCCCGCUCCUUCUACCCCAUGCUGCGGUACACCAAUGGGCCACCCCCCACAUAGAGGGCCCAGCCAGCCACAGCUCCGCACCACCAGCCUGACUGCCAAGGUGCCCAACUUGUGACCCCAGACCAAUCUGUGGGUGACUCUUAACAUUGGCAAGAUCACAGGACAUGCUGCAGGUCCUUUCUACUGGUCUUGUCCAGCUCUGGAGCCCAGGGCAGCUUUCAAAUGAAUUUCCUCCCCACAGACAUAGCACCUGGGCAGUAGGCACCCAGGCAUUUGGCAAAGCUAAUUGAUUGGUUUAGGGAUUUCUGGAAAUGGCAGUUUCCUGAAAAGCCAAGCACUUUGUAAAUUUUGAUUUAUUUGUAAAACAGCAUUAUUAUGUAGUCAAUAUGUUCAGUGAGCAAUGGUGUUCAUGACAUAUAUUAUAUAUUGUAGAAACAAGCAAGCAGAUUUCACCUUAGAAAUGGUCUAGAAACUCACAUGCACCCUUAGCUGAUUGAUUGAAACAAUCGUAUUUAAAAUGUUUAGAAUCAGUUUUACUUUGAUCAGCUAGCCAUUUUGAGCUGCAGGUUAUAAACCAAAAUGUUUUGUUCAGUACCUAGAUCUGCUUUUUUAUAUCACUUUAAAUUUUUAAAGAAAUUCUAUUGCAUGGAUGUGGUUAUUUGUGCAUAUUUUUUAACAAUGCUGAAUCUAUAUGAAUAAUGUAAACUUUGAUUUUUUUUAAAGAAAAAUCAGAUCUUAGCUCAAGCUUUUGACUAAUGUACAGUAAAUGCCAAACUACAGACUUGAUAGGGAUGUUUUUGUAAGUUAAUUUUCUAAGACUUUUUCACAUUUAAAGUGCUGCUUCAGUUUGGUUUGACUGUUUGGCCACACGCGGGGAUUGGUACAGAAACCUGAAGCUGUUUUGUGAUAUGUACAACUCAGAUGUUUCUCAUUAAAAGACACAAUUAGUCAGA